AGGGUCUCCAGCCUGGUCCUUUGUCAUGGAAAGACUUUAGUGUGCUGUUUCAGAGAGAUAGAGGGAUUGAGUGGACUUCAGCUUCAUCACUAAAAGAUCCUAUAAGUAUGUAACGGGGACAGAAAGCAAAGGGCAAAGCUAAAUCAAUGUGAUGAAGAGCAUGCUUCCCCAAAGGAGCGCUGUCGCCACACUGGGCUACAGCUCAGACUGUGUGAAGAUUGAGCACAGCAGUGGCGGCUCAGUGGCUGGCACGAUGCUGAGGGGCUCCCGCUCGAAAGCUGAGCUACAGGAACUCAUGGAGACGCUGCAGCGCAGGAAGAGCGCUCUGGAGGCUAGUCUGAGGGCAGCAGAGUGCAGCCGCAAGUACUUGAGUACAUCUGUAGGAACCCAGCCCACCAGGCCACUGUCGAUCCUCAGUAACACAGAGCGUCCCCCUUCUAGAAACUUCUCUUACAUGACCAGCAACAGUGUGCCGCCGUCACCUCGCCAAGGUGAUCGCCAGCUAAGCUCUAAUGGCUUGCUCCGUCACUCCCAGGCUCGCCACCAAUCCCAAGACAGCUUGCUUCUCUCAGAUGGAAGCUCUAUGGUCUCCUCUUAUGGGGAGCCCAUACCGCGUUCUCCCAGGGUCAAAAGCGGAGCAGCCAGUAUGCCAUCCAGCCCCAGAAUGACCCGCAGGCUCUACUCACAGGGCAAAGCUGCAGGAGACUCCCGUCAGAGGAAGUACUCCACGGGCUCCCUCAACAGCCUGGGUAUGCACAGCCGUUCUCUGCCGCGGCUUCACAAUGCAGCAGAUCCACCUGCGCUGUCACUGCCGUUACGCCACUCAGUAGGUUCCCACAGAGUGGUCUCUGCAGGAAACCGGCGCAGUCUCUCCUCUCUGGAGCAGCCUCCAGAUGUGACAGUACCAGCCAGCAUGCCCAGCACACCCAGGAGGGCUAGCCUGGCCUCUCUGAGCUCUAUGGGAGUAGAGAUUGAUGGGACGGGGUUAGAUCUGGGCAUCGGAGAGAGGAGGUUGUCCUUUGGGAAGAGUGGUUUGAGUCCAGGACAACGGGUGGGCAGCAUCACCUCUCUGAAUGGCAAAGAGGAGCUCAAAGACUACCACCAGCAUCAGAGAGAUGAGCGACUCAGGGAGCAGAAAGUGCAGAGAUUAGAAUGCCAGCGUCUAGAGACCAUCUUAAACCUGUGCACUGAGUUGGGACAGGUAGCGAGAGAGCCAGCGGGAUCAGCUGUUUCUGACCUGCAGAAGAUCAAUAAGGAGCUGGAGAAGCUGCAGGUGUCGGACGAUGACUCAGUGUUCUCCGACUCUCCGAGCAGCACAGCUCAAGAGAGCUGCUUUGGAGCCAAAGCCAGAGACUUCCAACUCUCUGAGGAGCAGCAGGCCAGCCAGCGUCAGCAGAGCGGCUAUAGAGAGGCCAGAUCCCACUCACCUGCUAUCAGUCUCAACAGCAGUGCACCCUCGCCUUCUAUGCACAGAGCCAAAGCUUUGGAGAGCGUGCAGCUGAAACAGGAAGUAACGCACAUAGAGGAAGAAAGAAUCCAAGUUUUGAAUAACAUAGAAGAGCUGGAGCAGAAGAUCAAAGAUCUGGACAACCAGAUGGAAGAGUCUCUUCGAGAGAUGGAGGUGGAGUGUGCUCUGCUGGAAGGAGAACAGGAGUCGGAGAUGGCCCAGCUGCAGAGGGAUAAGGAGCUUCUGGAGCAGCUCAAGGGAAAAAUUCACAAUAUUGAGAAAACGAACCACACUGAGAAGUCACAGGAGACUGAGGAGCAGUCAAAAAGUUUGGAGGACUUGGAGUUUCAGAAGCUGGAGAGAGAAAUUAAGCAAGACGAGGAAAAAGAGAAUCAGAGCCAAGAGCUGCUGCGAGAGAUCGCAGACUGUCAGCGCCUUACUGUCACCCGCAAGGAAAGACUCAUGACGCUCAAGAAACAAUCAUCUCAGAUUACUUUACAGGCUCAGCAGGAAAGGGAGAAUUUCCAGAGAGAGAAGAACAAUUUGCUCGUCAUGCUUCAGAAGGAGAGAGAGAAAUUGGUGUCUUUGGAAGGAAAGUAUGCAGAGCUGUCUGAGGGGCAGACCUUCACUAACAAUCCUGUAGCCAUCAAAGAGCACUUGCACACUUUGAAGGAAAGACGAAGAAGCAGCAAGGAAAAUUCAUCACACCCAAAUGACAGUCUACCUCAUAAAAGAAGCCAGCAGCUGCUCACCACUUAUGGCAGAUCCCUCGGACGCACGCUUCCUCCAAAGCCUCACCUUCCUUUGUCCCAAAGCUCAAGCUGUGGCAGUGUCAUCCCACAAGGCUUCUGCUUCUCCCCUCGGGAGGUGAACCCUCGCCGCUUGCCCAAGACAGGCAACAGCCACGCGCAUGUAAAUGAAGACAGGCAAAGACAGAGUGAUUUUUGCAACAGGUUGGUCUCUGAGCCCAACGUCUUCCUGGACUCUUUCUCUUACCCGGACAACAGCCAGACGUCAGAUACCAUCAGCGUGGACAGCUCUGACAGCCUGGAAACCAGCUUCUCUGCCUGCUCCCCAGACAACAUCUCAAGUGCCAGUACGUCCAAUAUGGCAAAGAUUGAAGAGAUGGAGCGUUUGCUCCGCGAGGCCCAGGCUGAGAAGCUGAGACUCCUCGAGCAUCGAGAGCGGGAGAUGGAGAUACGCAGGCAGGCUCUGGAGGAGGAGAGGAGAAGAAGAGAGGAACUGGAGAAACGGCUGCAGGAGGAAACAAGCAGGAGACAGAAGCUUGUGGAGAGAGAGGUGAAGCUCAGAGAGAAGCAGAGAUCACAGUCCCGGUUGUUGACAAGAUACCACCCAGUUAGAAAAGAUGACUUUGAUCUUCACGGCCACAUUGAAGCAGCCGGACACAACCCAGACGCCUGCUUCCAUCUGGCCAUCACUGAUAAAACCUGUCGCGGGUUCCUCGUCAAAAUGGGAGGAAAGAUCAAGACGUGGAAGAAGCGCUGGUUUGUCUUUGACCACAAUCGCAGGACACUCACAUACUAUGCAGACAAACACGAGACCAAGAUGAAAGGCGUCAUUUACUUCCAAGCCAUAGAGGAGGUGUACUAUGACCAUUUAAAGAAUGCGCACAAAAGCCCCAACCCCUCGCUGACCUUCAGUGUGAAGACCCACGAUCGGGUGUACUACAUGGUGGCUCCAUCCCCUGAAGCCAUGCGUAUCUGGAUGGAUGUUAUUGUAACCGGUGCUGAAGGACACAUGCACUUCAUGGUGUAACAGAGCUACAAUUAUUGUUAGUUAGGUUACCUAAAAAAAUUUAAGCUUCAGUUUACACUUGUAGUUGUCUACAAAUGAGCUUGAGCAUAACUUCUGCUCAAGUACAGACUUUGUAAUGUAAUCUUGUAUAAGUAGAUCAAAAGAAGUGGCAUGAAAGUUUCAUAAUCAAGCUGUUUACUUCUUUCAGCACUUAAAACUGUAGCUGUUGCAUUUUCCAGUUUUUCUUUCCCCAAUACCCUCUUCCUGUUUAAUCAGCUCCCCUUCUAAACUGCGGUACGCCCUAAUGCUGCUUCACUACAGAUGUAUGGCUGUCCAACAGCUUUCUUUAAACUGUGGCCACCUCUUGCUUUUUUCCAGCUGCAGUCUGGUUGCACUCCGCCUUUAGUCAGACUGAAAUUUUUUUCCCCUGAAUGACUCUGAUGUAUUAUUUCGAUAUCGUCACUAAUAUUCAAUUAUUAGCAAUACUGCAUUUUAAAGUCAGUCACUUUGAAUGCUGCUGCCAGCAUAAGCUCACUUAUGCUUAUGUGUGCAUCACUUCCAUUUAAACGAACGAACCAUUUUUCUUCACACAUGCAAAUUACAUUUGUGAAGGAUUAUUGUAGGCACUUUGUGACUUUAUUGUUUUAAGUUAUUAGCAAUUUUAGGCAAAUAUUUGACUCCUAGAGGCAGAAAAUGACCACAGUGCAGUUAGAUUCCUCUGUCUGUAGCUGUGGCUGCAGGCCUGACGUGAAUGAAGCCAUGCUGUGCAGCGGUAAUGCUGUAUGUGCUGCAUCACCUACGUUCCUCACACCUUUCAUAUCUGCGUUUUCACCAGCAGAGGUCCUCAGCGAGCCCUCAGACUGGAAUGACGUAAUCCUGUGCUCUGGCCAAACUCACUUAGUAUAUAUGAGUAAUUAUUGAAAGCUUUAAUAAUCUACAUGUUUAAUCUAAUCUGUUUACUUGUAAAGCCUAGUUUAUUGUGCAGUGUUUAAUAUUUAACGUAUUCUCUGGCUGUGUUUGAUAAUCAAAGAUCACUGUCACACCAGGUGACGAGCUGUCGGGGUACAGACUGCAGGGCUCACUGUAGAGUGCAGAUCAGGCUGCAGAGCUGACAGUGUUGCAGGUGAAGUUGUUGCUUGUUUGGUUGAUGCCUCUCUGUGACGAGAGGCGUUUGCCAGGUAAACAUCUCAUCCUUGUGCUGUUGUGCACUGUGUGAAACAUAAGCCUUGAAACCCCCCAAAUUACUGCAUUUAUAUAUACAUAUAUAAAUAUUUUUGAAUACACUUCAUAUUUUAUAUUUUGUUUAUAAACAGUAACUCUAUGCAACAGAUUUUUAUACUCAACGUGUGUGAUAAAUAAAUAAUUAUGAUCAUGAAUCACAUUGUUAAAGGUAUAUUAUUUCUUAAUGUGGUGUCGGUACAAUACAUGCAACUUACGCAGUAAUGAGCAUGUGAACUAAACUGAUAAGAAACCAAAAAAGUGAAUGGUUUUCAAAUACAAAGGAGAUUUAGAAAAGGCAAACAAAUGAAACGUGUGUAUUGCAUUUAGCACCUUUAAAUAAAUACAUAAAGGAACAAAUAUUAGAAGAUAAUAUUGGAACACAACAGAUAUACUGCUAAUGCCUCCAGAAUGUCACUUAAAGUUCACGAAUUGUGCCAUAAAUGUCUUUUGCUGCUAAAAAAAAUAAUUAUAUAGGAUAUAAAAUAGUAUAUUCCACUAAAUAACUUAGUGUAAUUUAAUUUUAAACCCUAUAGCAUCUAAUAACUGGUCUUAUGUGCUGUUCAUGUGCUCAUUAACGCACUCAUGUUUGAAACCCCGCCUUCCGACACCGCAGCCUUUUAUUGGUUGACCUAGUGGGGUUGGCAUGGAAACAAAGAAUGAAGCAUGCUAAAUUAGGUUCUAAAGAGGCACGUAGCCUCUCCAGAGGCAGAAACAGACACACAAACACAGACACGCCACAGAAAGCCAGGUUGGCCUCGGUGCAUUAUGGCUGCUGUAGUUUGUGCUAAAUAAUUGGGGCGGUGGGGGGGCUGUCUUCAGAGAUAGCGAGACUGUGUGCACGGAAACAGACAAAACAAUCUGUAUAAACACUGCGGAGACAGAUCAUACAACAUAGCAUAAAAGUAUUUUCCACUAACACACACACACACACCGUUGUUGCGCGGUGCUCUCGGCUGUUAUCUUUAUCACUUACAGUAUGAAAUCCAGACUGCUGGAUAAUCAUGUGAAUGGAUGCUGACACAAAGCAGCAUUCACGUACACAGGAUCACACCAGCGUUUUCCAGCGAUGGAGAGCAUAAUGUCGUUAUCACCUUGUGGCACAGUGUGAGCCUGCAACUCAAUACCUCCUCAGAUAGACGUGAUUAUAAAUCUAUAGACAUUUAUGUAAGUGUUUAAAUCUCAGUGUGCAGGUGUUAUGCCAGGAAGCAAACAUGUGUUGUGUCAGGGCCUUAGGGAGCAACUGUUCCUUUCUCAGGAAGACGUGUUGCCCUCGAUAGCCUGCAUCGACACCUGAUGUGGUGAAGUCCUCGUGUUUUUCUCUUCUCGGCCUGCGCCCUCUGGCUUUCAAAAUCAAACAGAGGUCUUUUUGUGUCACCUCUGCAAUUCUCAUUUUGUAAAUCAAAAGAACAUUCAGCCUUUACUCCCUCUUCGUAACGCAACAGUCCUCUUAACAUCAUCCCAUGACUCAGAUCAGUUUCCCAUCCUUAACCUGGGGUUUUAGCUUCAUCUGCUAUUAACCAGUCAAAUUUUUCAUGCAUUUUCUGUCUCUGUGCAGCAUUAAUAAAUGAUCUUUGUUGCUCAUUCCACCUUUUUUUUGUAAUAAAAUUAUCGGCUUGUUCUUUUCCGCAGUGAUAUUAAACUCCAAAGCAAAUCA